CCCUGUAUUCCACAAGGUGAGAUAGGCUUGCUGUGUUCUUCUGUAUAGAAAUUCCAACAAAUUAAUUUAGCACAUUUGUUUUAAGGUGUCUGUCUCUUUUAUGAAAAAUUUGUUACAGAUAAUUUUUGCAUGAAGAAGACGUUUUACUAAAUCACACGUUGAAUGUAAAACUAUUUGUAUAACUAACAAGUUCACCGGUGAAAGAUUUGUAGCAGGUACACGCGCAAAGAUAAAACGAAGCAAAAGCAAAGAAUAUAAAAGGCGGCGGCGUGGUGGUGAGGAAGGAGUAUUCAAAAGACGAAAUUUUGCAUACCGCACACAUCAGGCAUUUCCAUAGAGUUUCAAAGGGAAAUAAAAUUUUGCAAAAUUUGUAUGUGUGUGGUGUGCCGAUAUACGAGACUUGUAAUAUCUUGGUUAAUACAUAUAUCAUAGAUCAGUUGAAGAUAAGUAAUUUAUCAACGACCCUGGCGGAUCAGAGGAACUAAAAUGACACAACGUGGAAAUGUAGCCGCGCUUGGGGAAGAGCUCGCACAUGCGGUGGAGUUAAUAAUGCGCCCAGAUACAGCACAACAGUCACGUAUGGAAGCAUAUAUGGCAUGUGAAAGAUUCAAAGAGGAAUCACCUUUAUGUGCACAAGUAGGACUUUACUUAGCCAGCGGUCAACAAUUCGGGCAAAAUGUCAAACACUUUGGUUUGCAAUUAAUGGAAUACACAAUUAAAUUUAAGUGGAACAGCAUAUCGCAAGAAGAAAAACUCUUCAUAAAGGAGAACGCCAUGAAAUUAUUACAUUUUGGGGUAGGUCCGGCGGAAGAUGCUAGUUUAGCGCAUUUGAAAGAUGCGGUAUCACGCAUAAUUGUGGAAAUGAUAAAACGUGAAUGGCCACAACAAUGGACUACGCUGCUAUCUGAAUUAUCAGAUGCUUGCAAUAAAGGUGAACCUCAAACUGAACUAGUGCUUUUGGUUUUCCUACGUCUCGUAGAAGAUGUUGCAUUACUGCAAACUAUUGAAUCGAAUCAGCGGCGUAAGGAUAUGUAUCAGGCGUUAACCAACAACAUGAAUGACAUAUUCGAAUUUUUCCAACGACUUAUAGAAUUACAUGUUACGAAAUUCCGCGAAGCCACUGCGAUUGGCAAUUUUCAAAAGGCUAAUGCGCAUGGCCGCGUGGUCGAAGUGGUUUUACUCACACUAACUGGUUUCGCCGAAUGGGUUUCCAUGAACCACAUUACGUCAAAUAAUUGUAAAUUGCUGCAGAUUCUUUGCAUUUUGUUGAACGAUAAAGCAUUCCAAUGCAACGCAGCUGAGUGCCUCUCACAAAUCACUAAUCGCAAGGGUCAGGUGAAAGAACGAAAACCGCUGCUGAUGCUGUUCGGCGAGGAACCAAUGCGUUACAUUUUCACAGCGAGCCAAAUGCUUCCCGAUGCUGCCAACGCUACCGCUUUGGAACAAAACCACAACUUUUUAAAAAAGCUGCUAAAUAUGCUAAGUGGUUUGGGCCAACAAAUUGUCAUACUUUGGGGUAAAGAAGAUGGCAACAUACAGCGACCACCAAACUUUGAAAUCUUUCUUGAAUGUUUGCUAUUACUUGCGCGCCAUCCUUCGCUAACGGUGGCACAUGGUGCAACACUUAUUUGGAAUGUGUUAUUGAAACACGAUGCCAUUUCCAAAGAUGCCGCAGUGGUUCCUUACAUUCCAAAAUUAAUAGCAGUUAUUGGACCGCGCAUUAUUAAAACAUUAUACCCCAGCACUCGUACGCUACCCACUACAAUUUCGACAGGCGCUUAUAUAUGCUUAGAAUAUGAUAGCGAAGAGGAAUUUGCCGUUUUCUAUUACCGGUGCCGCACUGACUUUCUGGAGGUUUUUCGUCAAUCAACGCUCGUUCAACCUAUUGUCACAUUUACCUACUGUGAACAAUGGCUCAAUGCACGACUGUCCAAAGCACAUGCUGAACGAAACAAUGCAAAUUGUUCGGUGCAAGAUCCUGUCUAUAUGGAAUGGGAGGCAUUGGUAUGCGUUAUCGACGGUGUGCUUAGUCGUAUACUACUCGUUUCGGAGCGUCCAUCAGUACAAUCCGGUUUACGUUUGCUGGAAGAGUGCCUAAAAGUAGAAACCACUAAUCCAUUAAUACUCUCCAUACUGCUCUCGUGUAUUUCGGCGCUUUUCGUAUUCCUCAGUAUGUCGUCGUGUCAGAUAACGCCAAAUAAUUGCGUAGCAAUGAGUGGCGUAUCUUUAUUGCCACGUGUGCUGGAGCGUAUAUUCCAAGCACUCGUGUUUUGCGAUCCCACCGAACCGAAUGCGGACACAACUCGUGCGCAAGCCACAAAAAAUUUACGCCGUCAUGCUGCCUCGUUGAUGGUGAAAUUGGGUCACAAAUACCCUUUGUUGCUGCUACCGGUUUUCGAUCAGAUCAACUCUCAUGUAAGAGCGCUACUUGAAGAUCCACGACAAGCUCUGAAUAAAAUGGAACGAACCACAUUGCAGGAGGCUCUUUUGUUAAUAUCAAAUCAUUUUUGCGAUUAUGAGCGACAGACUGUAUUUGUGUCGAACAUAAUGAAGGACACGUUACCACAUUGGCCAACAUUCGCAGAGGUUUUCAAAUCGCCGUACACUUUUAUACAGUUCGUGGGGCUGGACAAACCCGCAGUAACGCCAAUUCAGUCAGAUCCACACAGUUUGAAUCGUGGCCACAUGCUGGAUGCAUUAAAUGUGGUGCUUGCUGUUAUAAAACGUUGCACCUGGCCUGACGAUCCGGAUCGUGCAUCACGCGGUGGCUUUGUGGUUGGCUUCACAGAGCUUGGAAAUCCUAUUUGUCGUAAUCCAGCCACACCGCAUGUCAUUCCGCUGCUGCCGCAUAUACUCGCGUUAAUGCGUGUACUCAACGAGCUCUAUCGUCCGCAAGCCAUGUCGCUGCUUUCGGAGGAUUUCCGCAAUGUCUACACGUUGUUAGAGCAUGAGAAAAAAACCUUGCUUGGCGUGUGUACACCGCCCGCCGAUCCUCUAGAUCCAACCGUUAAAAAGAUGACCAGCACCGUGGACCGCAUACAACAAUUUAUGUCGUUGCUAUAUGAAAGCUGCUAUCACAUGAUGGGCUCUGCCGGCCCCUCGCUGGGACGUGAUCUUUAUCAACUACAAGGAAUUGCAGAUGCGUUAAUCAAUAGCGUUUUCGCAUCAUUGGAAGAUGUGCCCGACUAUAGGCUGCGGCCCAUUGUGCGCGUCUUUUUCAAACCAUUCGUGUAUUCUUGCCCACCCGCCUUCUACGAUACGGUGCUAGUUCCAAUAUUUGCACAUUUAGCGCCAUUCAUGUGCUAUCACUUGAUACAACGUUGGACAUACAUAUCGUCGUUGUACGAAUCGGGUCAAUUGAAUGAAGAGUCAAAUGACACACAAGAGGUGCUGGAAGAUAUGCUGAAUCGUGCUCUGACACGUGAAUAUCUGGAUGUGUUGAAGAUUGCGCUGGUUGGUGCUGGCGCUGACGGUGUACAUGCCGCUGCAAACAUAACUGACGUUGCUAUGGAGCCGGAAGAGCACUCCAUGGAUGGCACAACACAUACGCGUGCCGCACAAUCGGCGUUGCUGUCAGAUAUUAUCAGCGACUUAGGCGCUAAGCUAUUACGCAACGACGCAACGAGUAAUUACAUACUGAUGACACUAAUGUCUGCGUUAUCUUGGCAAGACAGCGGCUGCAGUAUGAAGGCCGUAAAUGUGGUAGCGCCAGUGAUGCGGUUUUUGGCUACCAGCGAGGUGCAAUUAAUGGAUCAACACAAAGCUACGACCGCAUUCCAAGCUGUGUUACAGGGCCUACAAGUGCAUGGCAUGCACGAAGCUAAUCAAGCCGGACUCAUUACGCUCGGUGUGCAGUUCUAUGAGCUGCUGCGCCCCAAAUUCCCAAUACUUAGCGAUGUGCUGCGCAGCAUACCAAACGUCAAUGCGGCGGAUAUACAGAAGUUCGAUGAGAAAGUAAGCGUGGCACCCUUGAAGGGCAACAAAGUGGACAAAGCCAAGAAAGAUUUGUUUAAGAAGAUGACCGCACGCCUAGUGGGACGCAGCGUAAAUCAAAUGUUCAGUCGUCAAAUUGAAAUUCUCAAUUUACCACCAAUGCAGGCGCGUGCACCUAAAGCCAAUACAGACAUUGUCGAUAUAACACAAAAUUCGGGCUUAACACAGCUCUUCCGCACGGAAAAGUGACCAACAGAGAAGGCUGCUGGGCAUGCAACUAAUGAAAAAUGUUUAAUUUAAAGACUUUGCUGUAUGUAUUGUAUGCUUAUGCCGCUCAGAUUCUACGCUACAAACGGAUAUUGGGUUAAACGAUUCGUAUUAAAUGCAGUACCAAUAGCGAAAAACUGAACAAGGUGCAGCAUAAAUUAUUAUACAUAUAUACAUACACAUUGGUGGAGAAGUAAAGGGCCGUACGGAAAUGCGUUUACGCGAAAUUCCAACAACUAUACUACAAAAUGUAGCACGAAAUUACUUAUUUAGCUACAUACAUAUGAAGUAAUUUAUAAAUUGUAUAUGUAAAUGAAUAUAUGUAUAUGUAUAUAUACAGAAAUUAUGGUUUUUAUUAUAAUUUUGAGUUUUAAAAUUGUUUCUAUUUGCGAAAAUUUGCACUGUUUUUAUGAAUAUUUUAAAAUAUUAUGUAAGUCUUUCUUUAGAUAUUUUUAUUAAGAAAUUAUAUAAACGAAGUGAAGUAUGAACAAAAUAAACGAAUUACGUCUAAGCCGAGUGAAGCUUGAAUG